AUCCUGUCGAUUCUCGUGUUGGGCUUGGCUUGCUUGGAUGACCUCAGAUCGCAUUCUGGGAUUUUGCAUGGGGCAUGCUCUGGUAGCCCUGGCUUGUUCUUGGUGUCCGCCUGUCAAGGUCACGAUUUGUCAAGCAGUUUUACUUUCGCUUCGUCGAUUUAUUGGUCCUGAAUAUACAGAAAAUUGCAGAAUCAAUGUAAGCGCUAUGCGCGUAUUAGCGGAAAACAGUGGCUCCGUAUUCUUAAAUUCAAAUCACACUGAAGAACGUGCAGGAGAUAGUUUUGUUUCGAUCCAGGGGAUUGCGCCGGGAUCGCGCAGCAUGUGCGAGGGAGCAGUGAAAAGAGUUUCCAAAUCUAUGUCGCUGAACUCCAGGCCUCAACCUAAGCGACCAAUGGAUGCAGUCGGAAAACGAUUCACAUCCAAGCACAGAUUUUCGCCAGCAUUCCUAAGCUGGAGACCAGCCAAGCUCUGCCGUAUUGUCCAGGCGCAUCCAUUGCUCAUCUUGUUAUCAAUCCUGUGGCCACUGAUGGUACCGUUGGAGUACAACCUGACUAUGGUGGCGCCUGGGGGCGAGGCUUACGACGCUGGUUUCGUAGUUACUGAUCGCUUGCACAAGUUUUUGAAGGAGAACACUAGUUGGCAUCACUUGCUUGCUGCGGCUAAUACGGUUCUGGUGGUGUUCCAGAUUUUAUAUAUUGCGUGGGUGUGGGCAGUGGAGGGCCGAUUUCGCCCCACUCUUGCGUCGGCAUUCAUGUACAGCAGCCGCGGCUUUCUCGGCUACUCCACUCAACUUCCCCUUCCCAAGGACUUUCUCGACUCUGCGGUCGACUUUCCAGUUGGUGACUAUUCGUUUUUCCUCUUCUUUUCGGGGCACGUUGGAGCCUCCGUUAUUUGCUCCUUGGACUUGCGGGAUGUGAACCGGAUGCGAGGUGCUCUGUUGAUGGACACACUGAAUGUGCUUCAAAUGGUGCGACUCCUUGCCUCUCGGGGUCAUUACACUAUAGACCUUGUGAUUGGGGCUUUUGCAGGCUGGGCGUGUUACUAUGUGGCUGGCUUGUACGAGGAAAGGAUGAAAAGCGUCAUUUUGAUGUCUUCCAAUGCCGUAGUCCCGGAUGCUGACCACAGUGAUUCCGACCAUCCCAAAUCUGACAAAUGAUUGUACGUGAUAGCUUACGCGAACCCCAUCGACAACACAUCAAAGCAGAAAACCUUGCAAUGGGGUUUGCUCUCUGUCAACACAGCAGAGCGUGUUCCUUCGCGUUUUGCCCCACCUCGUUCUCUUUUUUUCCAAUUGUGCGGGCCUGAUAUUUGUGUAAACAUACGCUCUUUUAUGAUUAAGUAUGAAGACCUUUUUUCAUGCGCCAUACAUCGAUUAAGUCUGUUGAAGCCAAUCUUCUAAAGACUAACACCUGCCCACGACCUCUUUAUUUACCAUGCUCUUCAUGAAUCGGAUCACAUCAGACUGUCUUAUCCUCUUAAUGGUUCAUGGUCCUGUCUUUGUACAAGUUGGCCCAGUACUGCUGCAACUGUGACAAAGCAAACUGACACGAGAACGAGGCUGUGUCCAGUCAAAAAGUGUCUGUUCUACAAUGACAAAUCACUGGUAGUAUGUUUUGUCGACAUUCUUUGAGUGCAGUGUCCUCUGGGUUGGUAUUCGAGUCCCUUGAGUGAGCAUUGUUCGCAUGAAUUUUGGACAAAAAGAGGUGGCCAUCACAACUGCUCAGAUCCGGAAACAUUGUCGUAUUUUAAACCAAUGCAGUGCCUUAGAAAUCCUGGAACUGUGUCUAAAGACGGACAAUACCUGUCGGGCAUCAGUGACAGCAAUUCAUGCGGUGUUUACAGUGUUAAUGACGCUGAUUACUUCGCGAUAGAACCUUCCCGUUGGAGUGCCAUCCAACGAGGAACGAGUCAAUAACCUCUGGAGCUAAUGCUGGGCGAACAUGCUGCCAACUGCGCCAGAAUAUUUUUGAUCACUGAGGAGAUGUAGGUUAAGAACUUAUGUUGUUUGAUUGAUGGACCCUACACCGUGGAAGAUAUGCUCACUCCGUCAGAUAACUGUGUCACACGUCCAUCAGUUGGAACAGUUGUGCAGGUCAGGUCACAGAAAGGAGAUGCGUAUUAGCGAUCGAUGAGUUCCCGACUUGGUGACCUAGCACCAACGGCAGAUGAAGUAGGUCGAAGCCACGCAAUGGAAGGUAGCUUCUUCGCUUUGCUUAUUUAAUGGGGGGUGGAUGUGAUCACCUGCUUUUACCUCUUCAAGUCAUGGAUGUUGGCAGCGCGACAAUCCUGAUUGCUAAGAAGCAUGCUGAUGGUGCAGGAAGAAUUACUGUGGAUGCAUCGGCUAUCGCCAAAUUGCUGAGCUCUUCUCAAUAACAUAGGGAACUUAAAUUCGAGAACAUUCAUCGACAACGGCGUUGCUACCUUUUCGGUAGCGUCAGAUCUUGAUGGAUUCUCCGAAUGAACCAGUAGCCUCAGUGAUGGAUAUUCCUCGCAAGAACAGAUUCUUGGCCAGAACACGGGAGAAAUGGGAGCUCAAUCAGUACUGGUAUGCUCCCAGUACCAUAGCCAUGCUAACCAAGGAAAUCGAGGAACAUGCCACCAAAGUUGCUUUCUUAUCAACCCCUAGCGUGUGGUUCUCCCUCGACAACCAAGAAAUAAAACAACGCAGCUUCUUUUUCGAUGUGGAUAUACAAUGGGAGAAACACUCCAACUUUGUGAACUGGAACUACAAUCAGCCCACGCAGAUAGAGGUUAAAAUGCACCACGAGUUCGACUGUGUGGUGAUUGAUCCCCCCUUCGUCACAUCGGAGGUGUGGGCGAAGUAUGCUGAGGCAACCCUUCUGUUGCUCAAAGACGGAGGAAAGAUCAUUCUGAGCACGAUCCCAGAGAAUGCGCAGAUUUUGAAGCAGAUGCUGAAUGUGGAGCCUCAGACAUUUCAGCCUUCAGUUCCACAUUUGGUGUAUCAGUAUAAAUUCUUUACCAACUAUAACUCCACCAAUUUCUCUUCUGUCAAUCCUGAGGUGGAGAGCUGCUAAUAAGGAAUACCGCAUCUCAAACUGCGAUGCUUGCCGACUCUAUGUACUACUUUACAUAACCACUACGUAGGGACCACUUCAUUAAUGUUAGACCAAGUCGUACCGCGGACAAAGCGUGUUUAAUUUAUUGCAUCAGAGAUUAAAUGUUCUUUCACCUUGA